GAAGGAAAAUUGUUUCUUUGGAAGGAAUUUCCAAGGCGGAGAAAAGGAACGAUGGAGACCCGAGCUGAGAACCAGACAGGGCUGCCCCCAACUGACCUCCAGGACCUCCUGAUGGAGUUCGACCAGGUGGUCCAGGACUUUGACAAUGGGGCUCCUUCCCAAUACGGGCAACACUUGGCGGAGCUCAAGCAGCGGGUCUUGCCCAGCGCCUCCGACAGCGGCAUCGAGGAUUCAGAAAGUGAGUGGGGACGAUGGGACAUCAUCUCUCUCACAGAAUGCAGGGAACUGACUAAUUUGCCUCUUCCUCUCACAGCCCGACUUGGAGAUACGCACGAAUUGGAGGCAUUCAUUGCCGAUUUGGACCAGAUUCUGGAAGGUAGGUACGAUGCAUUCUGGGAUAGUGGUUGGGAGUCUGGUUUUGAAAAAAGGGUUUUUAAAAAUACUAAAUAUUGUUUUGUAUACAAAAUAUUAUUUUGUGCAACUUAUUUCAAAUGGUGCAUUAAUAUACAUCUGGAGGCUUUCCAGAAGGGUUUGGG